CGGCGCCCUUAUAACGCCCGGCCCGCGCCGCCCGCGCCGCCGCCGCCGCCAUGCGAGCCCACAUCGAGGUGAUCCCCUGCAAGAUCUGCGGGGACAAAUCCUCGGGGAUCCACUACGGCGUCAUCACCUGCGAGGGCUGCAAGGGCUUUUUCCGGCGCAGCCAGCAGGGCAGCCUGAGCUACGCCUGCAGCCGCCAGCAGAACUGCCCCAUCGACCGCGCCAGCCGCAACCGCUGCCAGCACUGCCGCCUGCAGAAGUGCCUGCGCCUCGGCAUGUCCCGCGACGCCGUCAAGUUCGGCCGCAUGUCCAAGAAGCAGCGGGACCGGCUGCACGCCGAGGUGCAGCAGCAGCUGGAGCAGCGGCAGCGGGAGCGGGCGGCCCAGGGGGGCGCUGCCUUCGCCCUGGGGCUGCCGGGGUGCUGCGGCCACCCCCUGCCCCCCACCGGCGCCCCGGGGUGCCCCGGGCCCUGCGAGGGAAGGGCCGGCUGCAGCCCCGGCACGGAGGCGGAGGGCGAGCGGCGGGAGGGCACCACACGGGACCGGGACCGGGACCGGGACCGGGACCAGGACCGGGACCGGGACGGGGACGGGGACGGGGUCAGGGACGGGGACGGGGACGGCCCCGACCUGUGCCCACGCCCCGACAUCGGCAGCGGCCUGGAGUCGCCCACGUGCUCCGGGAUGGAGAUCGAGCUGCUGGCCCAGGACGUGCUGCGGUCGCACCGCGAGACCUCGCAGCCGCGCGCCGAGGAGCUGCAGCAGCGCCGCUGGGACACCUUCAGCCGCGAGGAGGUCUGCGCCUACCAGAGGAAGCCCAUGCAGGAGAUGUGGGAGCGCUGCGCCGGCCGCCUCACCGAGGCCAUCCAGCACGUGGUGGAGUUCGCCAAGCGCCUGCGCGGCUUCAUGGAGCUGUGCCAGAACGACCAGAUCGUCCUCCUCAAGGCUGGCGCCAUGGAGGUGGUGCUGGUGCGCAUGUGCCGGGCCUUCAACCCCGACAACCGGACCGUCCUCUUCGAGGGCAAGUACGCGGGCACGGAGCUCUUCAGGUCCCUGGGCUGCCACGAGCUCGUCGGCUCCAUCUUCGACUUCGCGCAGAGCCUGUGCGCGCUGCGCCUCUCGGAGAGCGAGGUGGCCUUCCUCUGCGCCAUCGUCCUCAUCAACGCCAACCGCCCGUGGCUGCAGGAGCAGGCGAAGGUGGCGCGGCUGCGGGGGCGCCUGGAGGUGGCCUUCCGCCUGCUGCUGCGCCGCACCCACCGCGAGGGGCUGCUGGCCAGGCUGCCGCCCGCGGGCCGCCUGCGGGCGCUGUGCUCGCAGCACGUGGAGCAGCUCCAGGCCUUCCGCCGCCUGCACCCGGGGGCGCUGCCCGCCGCCUUCCCCCCGCUCUACCGGGAGCUCUUCGCCGCCGACGCCGAGGCCCCCGGCCCCCGCUGAGC